AUGUGGACCCGGCCCCUCGCUCGGCUCCACCAACAACUUCCUAAUCAUUCUCUCGCUUCCGGUGCGGAGUUGGAAGAAAAACGGAGAGAAAAGUUUGUGUGUUGAUUUCCGCGCUGCUAGCAAGAUGCUUUCCGUGAUUAAUAGACACGUCACGUCGUCGCACUCCUCUGAUGUAAAGCCAAAGGUGAAAUGUUAACCUGCGAUGUGGAUACGUGCGUGAAGCUGGAUGUGAAUCGGCCGUCGAGGCUCAUGCGUCUUGGAAGGAAGAAGGAAGUAACGGGCGUUGCAUCGAGAUGAGUCAGCAGGGUUAUGUCGCCGCACCCCCGUACUCCCAGGCCCAGCCAGGGAUGGGGGGCUACCAAGGUGGAUUUGGGAGUGGUCCUACACAGCCCCUCUAUGGGCACUACGGGGGGCCACCUCAGGCAUUCACCGCUCCACCAGCAGGAAUGAUGAAAUCACCGGUUUCCUCUCCUGCCGGCAUGCCUCCACCUCAAGUCGGCAGUUCGUACAAUCCAAACGUCCAGCAGAAUGGCGCUCAUCCACAAAGGUACCCUGCUCCACCAGCUGUAUCUCCUGCUUAUGGACAACCCCCACAUGCCCCAUACAACAGCAUGGCCUCAACUGCCCCGCCUGCAGCUCAGCAGCUCACCAAUCAGAUGAGUGCUAUGAACAUGGGCAGCUAUGCCCCAGGGCCCAUGCAGAGCCCUCCUCCACCAACCGGCUCUGUAGCCCAACAGCCUUUCCAGGCGCCUCCUCCACCAGCGAUGGGCCAUCCACAGAUGCUUCCUGGCCAGCAGUCACUCCACUCAUCCCAGCAAAUGCCCCCUCAGAUGGGUCCACCGCAGUCACCCCAAAUGAGCAUGGGAGGCAUGGGCAGUCCUUUUCCCGGCCCACCGCCUUCAGGCCCCGGAGGUUUUCAGCAGCCUGGUCCUGGACCCAUUGGUCCACCAGGAUACCCACAGCAAGCUGGUCAGUUUGGGGGUCACAUGGCUGGGCCCCAGCAGGGCAUGCAAGGGGCCUUCCCCGGAACACCGGGCGCACUGGCUGGCCCACCGCAGAAGAAACUGGACCCUGACUCUAUCCCAAGCAUAACUCAGAUCAUACAAGAUGACCAGGCUAACCAAGGAGGACAGGUCUUCAGCACAAACAUCAGAGGACAGGUUCCACCUCUGGUCACCACUGACUUCACAGCACAGGACCAGGGCAAUGCCAGUCCCAGGUUCAUGCGCUGCACCACCUACUCCCUCCCCUCCACCGCCGAUCUGGCCAAGCAGUGCCAAGUGCCCCUGGCUUGCAUCAUUAAACCCUUUGCCACUUUGCCAAAGAAUGAGACUCCUCUAUAUGUUGUGGACCACGGUGAGACGGGCCCCAUCCGCUGCAAUCGAUGCAAAGCCUACAUGUGUCCCUACAUGCAGUUUAUCGAUGGCGGCCGUCGCUACCAGUGCUCUUUCUGCAACUGUGUCAACGAAGUGCCAGCCUUCUUCUUCCAACAUCUUGACCACAUGGGCCGUAGGGUGGACUUCUACGAGAGGCCUGAGUUGUCCUUGGGAUCCUACGAGUUUACAGCCACCAUUGACUACUGCAAGAACAACAAGCGUCCGAAUCCUCCCGCCUACAUCUUCAUGAUCGACGUGUCCUAUAACAACGUCAAGAGUGGCCUGGUCAAACUGAUAUGUGACGAGCUGAAGACUCUGCUGGAGAAGCUGCCCAGAGAGGAAGGUGAGGAGAGCUCGGCGAUUAAAGUGGGCUUCGUCACCUACAACAAGGUCCUGCACUUCUACAACGUGAAGAGCGCUUUGGCCCAGCCCCAGAUGAUGGUGGUGUCGGACACGGAGGACGUGUUCGUCCCGCUGCUUGACGGCUUCCUCGUCAACUUCCAGGAGUCGAGGGCUGUUAUCGUAAACCUCCUGGACCAGAUCCCUGACAUGUUUGCAGACACCAACGAGAGUGAAACGGUCUUUGCUCCCGUCAUCCAGGCCGGCGUGGAGGCAUUUAAGGCCGCAGAAUGUAGCGGAAAGAUCUUCCUCUUCCACUCCUCCAUGCCCACGGCCGAGGCUCCUGGCAAACUCAAGAACAGGGAUGACAAAAAGCUGGUCAACACAGAGAAAGAGAAAAACCUGUUCCAGCCUCAGAAAGGAGUGUAUGAGCAACUGUCGAAGGACUGUGUGGCACAGGGCUGCUGCGUGGAUCUCUUCCUCUUCCCCAGCCAGUACCUCGACUUGGCAACCAUGGGUGAUGUGCCCUCGCACACCGGAGGCUCCGUUUACAAGUACAACAACUUUCAGGUGGAGACAGAUGGGGAGCAUUUCCUGAGAGACCUCAGGAAAGAUGUGCAGAAGAGCAUCGGAUUUGACGCCAUCAUGCGUGUUCGCACCAGUACAGGCUUCAGAGCCACAGACUUCUUCGGUGCCAUCCACAUGAACAACACCACAGAUGUUGAGAUGGCGGCCGUGGACUGUGACAAGGCCUUGACCGUCGAGUUCAAGCACGACGAUACGCUCAGCGAGGAGACCGGAGCACUCGUGCAGUGUGCCUUCCUGUACACCACCAUCAGCGGCCAGCGACGCCUGCGUAUCCACAACCUCAGUCUGAACUGCAGCUCGCAGUUGUCAGAGCUGUACAAGGGCUGCGAGACGGACUCGCUCAUCAACUUCUUUGCCAAAUCAGCUUACCGUGCCAUAUUGAGCCAGCCUCUAAAGAAUGUGAGGGAAAUCCUGGUCAACCAGACAGCCCACAUGUUGGCUUGUUACAGGAAGAACUGCGCCACCCCUUCCGCCGCCAGCCAGCUGAUCCUGCCGAGCACCAUGAAGGUGUUCCCAGUCUACAUGAACAGCCUGAUGAAAACAGCCCCCUUGGUGUCUAGCACGGAGCUCUCCACAGACGACAGGGCCCAUCUGAGGCAGUCGGUCAUGGCCAUGGGGGUGGAGGACACACAGCUGCUGCUCUACCCUCGCCUCAUCCCACUGCACAACGUGGACGUUGGAGGCGAUGCUCUGCCCGCUUCGGUGCGCUGUUCAGAGGAGUCUCUUGCCGACUCUGGCAUGUUCCUGCUGGAGAACGGCCACUCCGUGUUUCUGUGGUUGGGCCAAGCAAGCCCCCCUGACAUCAUCCAGAGCAUCUUCAACCUGCCCUCCCUCGCCCACCUGCAAGCAAACAUGUUUUCGCUGCCAGAGCUGGACAACCCACUGUCAAAGAAAGUCCGAUCUAUCAUCAAUGGCCUGCUUGAAAAGAGGCCGAACUCCAUGAAGCUCGUCAUCGUGAGGCAGAAGGACAAGCCCGAGCUGUUAUUCCGUCAGUUCCUCGUGGAGGAUAAAAGUCUGCUCGGCGGCGCCUCCUACCAAGACUUCCUUUGCCACGUUCACCGGGAGAUCAGGCAGCUGCUCACCUAAUUUAAAGUCCAAACGCCCGUGUCCUCAAGUGUCCCCAUGUUUUCUACCCAUCCGGGUAGAAAACACAGGAUCUAAUGGACCGUGCACAGAUCUCACAGGGUCAGUCCAUUUGAAAUUGUCAGGACAGUGCUUUUUAUGGGGUUUUAUAAAAAGACAAGAGGGAACAAGGAUCCGGGAGAUUCCUCCUCCAGUGUCCACAGCUGCCUUUCACAUACACACACGGUAUGAUCUCCAAAUAACGACUUGUCGCUCGAGGAGCUUCCGAGUAAAUCUGUCAGAAUUAAAUGGACAACACAUCUCGUGUUUCCCGCAUUGGAUACUUGGCGUGAUGGACAGUGGAGACGGUAAUAACAUCAGUGCCUGCGGCUGAAAUGCAUUUUGGCAGAAAGCCCACUGGCAUAAGCAAUAGAGCAUCUAUCUCCACUGUGUUUAAGUUGAUUUAAGCCCUUUUUCCUUUCACUAUGUAGAUUUACAGCGUCUGGAUAACACGAGGGGUUAUUUGUAGAUGUUUGCCAGUAUUCGUUACCCUCAGAUAAAGACUUAAUAUUUAAAGAGUUCUCAGAAUCUCAUUUUAAAAUAUUGAUUUCAUUUUAAACAAUAAACUCUGUAAGACAAUUUAUAAUAUUUAAUUUCUUUUCUGCAUUUUAUCUCAUUAUCUCUCAUUUCAUUAACCUUUAGUCAAUGUAUCUGCGGUAGUCAGUUAUUUCAUAAUUUAGCAGAAACAUUGGCAGGAUAAAGUGUUUUUCCCCGUCAUUACACCGUGAGUAAUGAGAAGCAUUUGAUUCACACAGGCCCACACCAAAGAAAAGAGAAAAAAGAUUCUUUGACCUUUUAUGGCCGAGACUUGAUCUUCACAAUGUGCAGUGACGCAGAAACUGUUCUGGUGUUCUGAGAUUACAGGGAAACCAACGCAGCUGUGGCUCCACAAAGGAAACAAGAGAAACUCCACUUUUCCCUGUAGAAGAGUCCGAAUUGGUCGUAAAAAAAACUAAAACCAUUUAUAAUGGUAUCGAGUAAAAGGACUUAACAUGAUGCCCAGAGAGAAGACGAUGUGACAGGGGCCACGUAUCAAGCUUUUCCCUCAAACUGUCACAUUAAACUUUGUUAUUUAUUCUUGUUGGAGAGAUAUAUUUUGACAAGCAACUUACAAAAAUACGAAAAAAACAGCGCCAGCGAUUUAAAAUCUUCUGUCUGGACUGACAAUCAGACUUCAGCUCACGGUUCAAAUGUAGUAAUUUACUUUUAUUACUCAAAUAAACUUGUAAGAUUUCAUAGUUAACGAGUUAUAUCAUCAUUCUGCAUUGCCUUGCUUGUUUUUUUUUAUACCGGUUGAUCAUUUCUUUGCAAUGCAGAUUCUUCAUUUGACAAAUAUCGGACCAUCUUGUGUGUGUGGCCCACGAGGUCUUUUUUGUACAUGAAAUGCGCAACUUGUGUUGUCAAAGAUAUUCCUAUCUGCCUUAAGUUGAUAUAAUACAUGUAGUUGUGGAAAAAAAAAUGAUGUCCAAAUGUAUAUGUCCCUUUUAACGUCCGUGGCUGAUUUAAGUCCAUCUUCAGUAUUUGGUUUUAUAUGCAAAACGUAUCUCAGGUAAUUUCAGUACCUUUCCAUUUUUUAGUUGGGAGCAAUGAUUCGAGUUGAACUGGAAAGAUGGAUGUUCUGGGUUUUGUUUGUUUGUUUUGAGUGGAAUUGUGGGAGAUGAUGGAUUGGCGUGGCCCAGUACUUUCAUUCCAAACCCUAAAGAAAACUUUGUCUAAUUAAAUCUUUGCUGUUGCAAAAA